GCGCGCCCGCCCGCCGGGGCCUGUGCGCUGCGGCGCGUGCGCGAGCGGUGCAGCACCGGCCGCUGGAGCUGGGAGUAUUAUGGGCUGUGGGUGCCGCUGAGCAAGAUGGAGCUGUCUGCAGUGGGCGAGCGGGUCUUCGCGGCCGAAUCCAUCAUCAAACGGCGGAUCCGAAAGGGACGCAUCGAGUACCUGGUGAAAUGGAAGGGAUGGGCCAUCAAGUACAGCACUUGGGAGCCUGAGGAGAACAUCCUGGACUCGCGGCUCAUUGCAGCCUUCGAGCAGAAGGAGAGGGAGCGUGAGCUGUAUGGGCCCAAGAAGAGGGGACCCAAACCCAAAACUUUCCUCCUGAAGGCGCGGGCCCAGGCUGAGGCCCUCCGCAUCAGCGAUGUGCACUUCUCUGUCAAGCCGGGCGUCAGCACCUCCUCGCCCAAGCUGCACUCCAGCGCAGCUGUGCACCGGCUCAAGAAGGACAUCCGCCGCUGCCACCGCAUGUCCCGCCGCCCCUUGCCCCGCCCUGACCCCCAGGGUGGCAGUCCCGGCCUGCGCCCCCCUAUCUCGCCUUUCUCCGAGACGGUGCGCAUCAUCAACCGCAAGGUGAAGCCUCGGGAGCCCAAGCGUAACCGCAUCAUCCUCAAUCUGAAGGUCAUCGACAAGGGUACGGGUGGCGGCGGGGGCCCUGGGCAGGGGGCUGGAGCACUCGCUCGCCCCAAGGUCCCUUCGAGGAACCGGGUCAUCGGCAAGAGCAAGAAGUUCAGCGAGAGCAUCCUACGCACCCAGAUCCGCCACAUGAAGUUCGGCCCCUUCGCGCUUUACAAUAAGCCCCCGCCCGGCCCUCCGCCUCCCCCGCCGGCGGGAAAGGCUGACCCUGCGGCCCCUCCCAGCCCAGGGCUGCUCCUGGCUGCCCCCGCGGCCCCCUUUGAUGCCCGCAGCUCCAGCUCCUCCAGCUGCCCCUCGCCAGCGCCGCAGUCCUCGUCCGACCCCCACGAUGUGCCCCCCAAGCUGCUCCCUGAGACCGUGAGCCCCACUGCUCCCGACUGGCGGGAGCCUGAAGUGCUUGACCUGUCCAUCCCUCCUGAGGCCGCGGCCACCAGCAAGCGGGUGCUUCCCGACGUCCCUGCUGCCACCAGCCCGGCGCUGCCCGCGGCCCCCGAGCCUGCCAGUGCUGCCUCCGAGCCUGAGGCUGGGGACUGGCGCCCUGAGAUGUCACCCUGCUCCAAUGUGGUUGUCACCGAUGUCACCAGCAACCUUCUGACAGUCACUAUCAAGGAAUUCUGCAACCCUGAGGAUUUCGAGAAGGUGGCUACUGGAGUAGCAGGUGCCACUGGGGGUGGUGGCAGCGGUGGGGUGAGCAAGUGAGGGGGGCUCCACCAAGGAGGGGGGCUUGGGGGGGGCCCUCCUGCCCAAAGUCAUCCUCUUGCUCCUGCCCCCAUCCCCGCCCUCAGACACCUCUGCCUGUGCUUUGCUUGUUUCAAAUGGCUCAGUGUUGCCCCUCUGGGAUGGGGCUGGGCAGUUGGAGCACCCCCCUCCCACGAGCCCAGUGGGAGCAGCAGUCCCGGAACGCGUUAGGGCUGGGGUGGGGUGAGGGCACUUGGAAGUCCUUCUUGGUCCUUGGGGCCCAGUGAGGCCUGCUGGGUAGCUCCCAGGGAGCCCCCUAACCUGGGGUUCAGCUGCCUGCUCCGCAUCCUGCUCUGUCUCCCCAGCUUGCUUUCAGCUCUCACGCACAGCAUCUGAAUUUCUCGGUGCUAACCCGGCAGCUGUGGGGCCCCUAGGAGACCCCCUCCCCAGUGGGGGCGCUGUCCCUUCCCCUCCAGACCUGGGUAGGAGGGCCAGGGAUGGCAAAGCCCAGUCAGAGGUCAGUGAGGGUGGCGAGAGCAGGGCCAGAGGCCUGGGUCUUUCUGCCCACUGCUGGACCUGACCUGAGCAGGUCCCCUUAGGCUCCACCCGCCUGGCUCCUUCCUCCUCCCCAUCUCAGGGGUGGGAGGGGUCGGCAGGGACCUCACCCUGCCUGGGCCUCCCAGUAGCUAAAGGGCCCUUCAGUUCUCAACCAAAGGUGCUACAAGAAUCUGCCGUGGAAACUUCCAGCUGGCGGGCGUCCCUGCCGCCCCACGGCGUGUUUGCGCACGUACCUGGAUGUGCACUGGGCCCAGGGCUUUCCAGGCGGCUCCCUUGAGGGUUGCUCAGAAUGUGAUUGUCGAAGGCCCGAC